CGUCCAAAUUGUCAGACCAAUCAUAACGGAGUGGGAGUAUUCGCGCGAGAAAUGAUGCACUCGCCUCGCGCGCGCUGUCCCUCCCAGCAGCAUCAAAGCAGCAGCAGCGAUCAGCGCACGAGCACAGCUCAGGCACCUGCAGGGUUCUAAUGGUCUGUGACCUCUGUAAUUGAGGAGCUAGCAACUAUGUGAUUGCCUCAUAUUCCAUCAUCUUAUUCUUGUGGCGUCCUUCCUCGUUUGCCACCAAAAACUUCCAAGCGAAUCCAAUGGUCUCCUUGUCGUUGGAUUCCGUUAUCCGGUACGCUCCAGUGAGGGGCACUGAUGACCCCGUUCGGUUAUUGUGCUCCGUCCCUGCUGGCUUCCCACCUUUGUAACUGCGUCCCCACUGCUGCUUGUGCGUCUGGAUCCACCUUAUGCCGCAAUGGUGAGUGCCUUUGAAUGGUAUGGCUGUCUUCUUCUGCUGACGGGGGUGGCCGGAUCCGUCAGCCAGCGUACAGAUCCACUGACGCCCCCUGCUCCCGAAUAUGCCCACUCUAUACGACUGGACGGUGAUAUCAUCCUGGGAGGUCUCUUCCCGGUGCAUGCUAGGGGCGAACGUGGCGCCCCUUGUGGGGAACUGAAGAAGGAGAAGGGUAUUCAUCGGUUAGAGGCCAUGCUCUUCGCCAUCGACCUCAUCAACAAAGACCCCGACCUGCUGCCCAACGUGACCCUGGGGGCGCGUAUUUUGGACACCUGCUCGCGCGACACCUACGCCCUGGAACAGUCGCUUACUUUCGUGCAGGCGCUCAUCGAGCGCGAUUCUACUGAUGUGCGAUGCACUAGUGGUGAGCAGCCAAUCUUUGCCAAGCCGGACAAGAUUAUUGGUGUGAUAGGCGCAGCUGCAAGCUCCGUCUCCAUCAUGGUGGCCAACAUCCUACGCCUGUUUAAGAUCCCCCAGAUCAGCUAUGCAUCCACAGCGCCGGAGCUGAGCGAUAACACCCGGUACGACUUUUUCUCCCGGGUUGUGCCGCCUGACUCCUACCAGGCCCAGGCCAUGCUGGACAUCGUGACCGCCAUGGGCUGGAACUACGUCUCCACGCUGGCGUCUGAGGGGAAUUAUGGGGAGAGCGGUGUGGAGGCUUUCGUUCAGAUCUCACGAGAAAGCGAGGUGCAGCGAAGUGCCAAUUGAGAUCGUCCAGCAGCACUCAGAUUUCAGACAAUUGGUUCAUAAACCGU